AUACUCAUUCCAUUCAUUCCGCUGCACUCACCACACGUUUCAUUAAUUAAGUAAUUUUUUUCUAAUCAUGUCACCUGUAUUUCAUUUACAAUAGGUCAAUAGCCCCUUAUCUUCGGACGGGUUGCCUCUGGUCACUCAACAACGAUUUCGUGCGUUUCAAGUAUCUUACUUGUUCAAUUAAGAUUAGAUAAUUUAAAACUUAAGAAUCAUGUACGAUUAAAAUGAGAUAAUUUCAUAUAACAUCACUUAGAUGAGAUGCUAUAAGUCUCGUAUAGUUUAACUAAUAUUUUGAAUGUGAUAAUUGACUUGAACAUGCAACAAUAUUAAAACUUUUAAAAAGAGUUUGUCAUCGUUUAAGUUUCACAAGAUUUAAAAGAUUAGUCUUUACGGUUUUAUAGGAAAUAUACCCGAUUUAUAGAAUUAAAGAAAUAGACAAUUUUCAUAAGUAUAUUUAUUUAGUUAGUAGCUACAAGAAUGUUGAAAUAUAUGACUUUAGAAUUCUCCAUUUCUCUCUUCCUCUUAUAACCUUGUUCUUGUUCUACUUCUUGUUCUUCUUCUUAUUCUUCAUAAACUCACUCAAUCAACAAAUCUUUCUAAGAAUAAAAAAAAAUACCAUGACCCACAUGGAUUUUCUCAAGAAAUUCAAACGCUUUAACCCAUUAGAAUCUUCUUUAACAAUCCUUGGAUUCUUCUUUCUUUCCAUUCUCUUCUUCAUUGGAUGUUUCUUCUAUGUUGAUUAUAAAAGUAUACUACUUCAUUCUAAGGGAACCAAACUAUUUUCAUUCCAUUUUUCUUCUCCUUCACCUUCUCCCCCUCCUCCUCCUGUUGAAUUUUUGACUCAACAAGGCGAUAACUGUGAUGUUUUUUAUGGAAAUUGGGUUUGGGAUGAAACUUAUCCACUUUAUAAUUCUUCAAAUUGUGCCUUAUUGGAUGGAGGUUUUCGUUGCUCUGAGAAUGGUAGACCUGAUAGUUUUUAUACUAAGUGGAGAUGGCAACCUAAUGAUUGUAACUUGCCAAGAUUCGAUGGAAGGAAGAUGUUGGAAAAUUUACGAAACAAGCGGUUAGUUUUUGUUGGUGAUUCGAUUGGAAGGAACCAAUGGGAAUCACUACUUUGUAUGCUAUCUUCUGCUGUUACAAACAAGAGUUCUGUCUAUGAGGUUAACGGGAACCCAAUUUCAAAACACACCGGCUUCUUGGCAUUCAAGUUUGCAGAUUUCAACUGCACGGUUGAAUACUAUAGGUCUCCGUAUUUAGUAGUUCAAGGACGGCCUCCUCCUGGGGCACCUCAUGGGGUAAGAUUGACUUUGAGAGUGGAUCAUAUGGACUGGAAUUCUCAUCGGUGGAGAGAUGCAGAUGUGUUGAUUCUCAAUGCUGGACAUUGGUGGAAUUACGAGAAGACCGUCAAAAUAGGUUGUUACUUCCAAAUAGGGGAUAAAGUGAAGAUGAACAUGUCUAUAGACAAUGCAUUCAGAGUAUCAGUUGAGACAGUAGUUGAUUGGAUUGCUCGUGAAGUAAACAGGAACAAAACAUAUGUCCUUUUCCGAACUUAUGCUCCUGUGCAUUUCAGGGGUGGUGAUUGGAAUACUGGCGGUGGCUGUCAUUCGGAAACACUACCGGAUUUAGGCUCCUUGCCGGCACUGUCUGACGAUCAUUUCAGCACCGUCACCGAUGUCUUGUCACAACACGCGAAUAAAUCCAAUGUUUUGAAUUUGGACUUACUUAAUAUCACACAAAUGUCAGAACGGAGGAAAGACGGCCAUGCAUCUAUUUACUAUCUCGCGAAGGGCAAAGUCUCUAUGCAACGGCAAGACUGUAGCCAUUGGUGUCUCCCCGGUGUUCCUGAUUCAUGGAACGAGAUUCUUUAUGCUCUUAUUCUCAAGAAGAAAGCUUUUUCGGAGCGUAAUACAACAAAAGUUUCUCAAGUUUCACUAUAAAUAGUCUAGACAGUUUGCAGAAAAUCAACAUAUACAAAUCUUCGCCACAAACAAUCAUUCUCUGUCAUCGGUGAAUGACAUGAAGUUCAAAGCUAAAUUUGCCAUUUUUGCGGUCAGUUUCACUAAUUGUUGCAACUAACUAUUUGUUAGUUUGCCCUGUCUUGUUACAAAGCAAAAAAAGUUAACAUGUUUGGUUUAAGAAAAAUGUCUGUUGUUUCCAUUUUCCAAUUUUUACUAAGUUAUAAACACAUCAUUUUAAUUUCACCUUAUUUCUUUUUUUUUUCAAGAUUUGUAUACAUCAUAAACUAUACAAACUAGUAGUUUUAUUAUGUUGUACAAAUCCUUGAAAAUUUGAAAUAAAGUGAAAAAGAUUAGUGUUUAUAAUUAUUAGUUAAAAUUGAAAAUACAAACAGAAAAUGUUUUCUUAAAUUGAACAUGCUUGUUGACAAAAAUUCAUGCAAAAUGAUUGUUUUGACCCACUUUGUAGUGGUCUUCCAUUUUAGAUUAAUGUUGGGAUGGUGAAUUUGAGGGAUAGCAAAUAGCUUAUAGAAAAUUAAUAAUCACUGAGAUAUACACUUGAUGUAUCAGAAAGCAUAUACAAAUCUCAAGUGACAUUUGCUCUUGAAAAGAGUAGUGGAAGUUAUGUCAAGUUUUUUGUUACAUUUUGUACAUACUAUAUAUUUUUUGUUGGUUACUUGGUUUCACUAGUAAUUCCUAAA